CAUAGUUGUGUAGGAUAACAAGUUGGUUGGAAAUAGUUAGAAAUUGAGUUAUUUUUUUUAGAUAAAAAGUGAUGAAGAGGUGGAACUUUUCUAGAAGGUUCGGUGGGAGAGGAAAGGUCACAUUGGCGCCAUCUUGUGUCCGGCAUUGCAGCUGGCUUGGCAGAAUGUCGUGGCCGAACGCGGGUCAGGAAUGAGAACAUAUAAAAGGAAUAAUAAUGUAUCAAGAAUGGAGGACUCCAUCGAAGUGAUCCUGCAGGACUACGAGAACGUCUUCCCCACAAGCAGACCUCACCUGGUGCUGUCAGCCUGCACAGGCGCGCUACUCACGGGACUCUACGGAGUCUGGAGCCUCUUCACCAUGCCUGGUUUCCGCAAAGUCCCAUCAGGCUUGAAGGUUCCCUAUUUGCCCUCCAAUAGAGAUCAGACACGGAACGUUAUGAAGCUCCUUGAGGGUCGGACAGGUUGCUUAGCAGAUCUGGGAUCAGGAGAUGGAAGACUGGUGUUUGCCGCCUCAUCUGCUGGCUUCAAGUGCACCGGGUUCGAGAUCAACGCCAUACUGCUAGCAUACGCCCGGACAAAGGCCCGAUGGACAGGAGUUCCUUCAAGCCAGGCAAAUUUUGUUAAAAAAGACUUUUGGAAUACUGAUCUGUCAAAGUACAACAACAUAACUGCUUUCCUUGCUCCAGGAGCGGUAAGUUGUUUCAGCGGUAUCGCCUCCAUCAUGUUAGUAGUUUGCUUCAUCUGCCCUUGUCCGAUCGGUCGACAGAUGGAAGUGCUCGGCGACAAGCUGCUGAAAGAGCUUCCUGAUGGCGCGCUUGUCGUCUCUUGUCGCUUCCAUUUCCCCAACUGGCCUCACCAGUCCACUGUCGGCUCCGGUCUGGACCAGACAUGGGCCUACGACAUCACCGCUGUGCGCAAGUCAGGACUGAGGGAAGUAUAUAAUGUUGUGGAGGAUAGAUAGAGGACAGUCCCUAGGUCGGGGGUGUUCAAAGUGCAGCCUGGUAGCCAUUUAUGGCACACGCAACACAUUCUUAAGACAAAAUACACACAGAUACAAACAUUACACAAAAAAAUAUGGACA